UUAAUGUGGCAUCAUUCAAAUAAAAAACUUGACCAACGACAAAUAAGGAUUCACGAUUUGUUUUCAACUAUGGAGAAAUAAUUAUUUAAUAAUACUGUUUGCUUGAAGAAUGUUCAAAAAACAUUAUUUUGGGGUUUAUUCGUAUGUUAGACUGCAUAAGCUAUCCUGCGCACAUCUAAUUAUCAUUUAUCUGACGUCCGCACGUAGCACGAUUCUCUUCUAUUUUUUCGGUUCUUAAAUGUUUUUAACUUUCCCGUCAUGUCCGCUGCAAGGUGCCCUCCAUCUUGAAAAAGAAGAAGUUUCAAAAAUCCGCGAAAAAUCUCCGAGUGUACAGUUAUAACCGGGGACACAGCUGCAGCUUUCGUCAGGAAAUUAAUCCCCGCCAGGCUCGACCAAUAGGAGCAGAGCUGUGACAAAUCUGACCAAUGAGAGAAGAGAGCGGGAAGGAUCCCGGGGAGCGGCUUAACCCGGUUCUCAGUCUGGUUGUAAGCCGAGUGCUGUGCGGUUGUAAAGCAACGGUGGUCCGGACGUGAUCAAAUUCUCAAUUGGGGUUUAAAGCCACAAUCGGCAAAAUGUCUUGACAUUUAUAACUGCGAGGAUUUAUUGGAUGUGAAUCGCGGAUUAUUUAUAUGUGAUGUAAAGGAAUUAAGGAUAAUUUCAACACCUACCCAACAUUCAAGGGUUAAUAAUGCAAGGGGAGGGCGGCCACCCUGCCUAUCCUCAUCAUCAUCUUCCCAUGGAUCUUCACGUUCCUCAACAUUUUCCAUAUUAUGCAGGGUGUAUUAUGGAUAACCAGGCAAUGUUUACAGCACAACAGAUGCAGUACAAUAAGAUUUAUGCGGCAGGGAUUGAUCCAACAGCAAGGAGAAUGGAUGAAUUAUCUGAACAGAACUCUUUAAAUUCAAGAUAUGGUCAUCAUCCAAUUCUUGAGUUAAGAAAGGAGAAGUCACGUGAUGCAGCGAGGUCUAGAAGAGGAAAGGAAAACUAUGAAUUCUACGAGCUCGCUAAGAUGCUUCCACUACCCGGAGCUAUUACGUCACAGCUUGAUAACGCUUCUAUUAUGGGCCUCACAUCACAGUUGGACAAAGCGUCGAUUGUACGGCUCACAAUCGCGUAUCUGAGGUUGCGCGAUUUUGCAAAUCACGGUGAUCCCCCCUGGAACAGAGAUGGACGAUUUGAUGGGAAAGCAACUUUAAAAAGAUCUAGUCUACGACGCGGUCCACUUGGUGGAGGGCUUGCCAUGGAUAUUUUCGAGGAGCAUGAAGGAACACAUAUCCUUCAAUCUCUUGAUGGAUUUGCCAUAUCACUUGCUUCCGAUGGUCGGUUCCUUUAUAUAUCAGAAACUGUAUCAAUCUAUCUAGGCCUUUCUCAGGUUGAAUUGACCGGAAGUAGUGUGUUUGAUUACGUACAUCAAGCUGACCACGCCGAGCUAGCUGAGCAGAUAGGCGUUACCCUUGCCAGUCCGGGAGACAGUCCUACACAGACGGAGGAGGGGGCGGGGGGGCAGGGAGGUGCUGUCCCCCCUAUCCCCGAUGGUAAGCCUUUGUGCUAUCCUGUCACCACCUGUAUGUCAAAUACUCGGGAAGACAAGCACGGAAAGCCUAGUUACGACCGGGCUUUUUGUAUCAGGAUGAAAUCUACCCUUACAAAACGUGGCUGCCAUUUUAAGUCUUCUGGUUACCGUGUUGUUUUAAUACUGGGUAAACUACGGCCACAGUACUCCUACUCCCAGCCCAAGAAAUCAGUUCCUAUCAUGGGAUUCAUCGGCCUCGCUAUCGCCCUCCCUCCCCCCAGCGUCCACGAGGUUCGCCUCGAGACCGAUAUGUUUGUCACGAGGCUGGCCUUCGACUUUAAAAUUGCACAUUGUGAACCCAAGGUUGCUGAAUUACUUGAUUACACUGCGGAUGAUCUAACAGGGAAAUCUAUGUAUGCUUUGUGCCACGCUGGAGAUGUGGAUAAAAUUAAACAAACUCACACUGAUCUGAUCAAGAAGGGACAAGUGAUGUCAAUGUACUACAGAUUUAUGAACCGACGAGGUGGGUAUACCUGGGUGCAGACCUGUGCUACCUUGGUUUGUAACACGAAGAACAGCGAGGAGCAGACAAUCAUCUGCGUUAACUAUGUACUCAGUGGACCCCAGUACGCAAAUAUUAUCAUGGAUAAACAGCAGAUUGAUGAUGGUGAUGUGAACGUAAAACCAGAUUUGGAUUUGGAAACAACAGCAACAACAACAACAACAGCUUCCCCUGCUAGUGUCAGAGGUUCUGAUUACACUGUCAAUGUAGAAGAGAGACUGGAAUAUCAGCCAUUUGCUGAGGAUUCUGCAGCCAUUGACCAGAGGUUAGGCAAGACUCCUGUGGCGACCCCCCAUUCUGGAGUAGGAUCUCCCCCUGGGACCCCAAACCUCUCCAACCCUGCUGUAGAGGAUACAGCCGAGGAUUCGGCCUCGUCACCCCAAAUAUCUAGUCCAAACUCUCUACCAGAUCAGAACUCAAACAGUGUCCGAGAUCUAGAAAAUGCUAUGACAAAACAUCUUCCGAAGAAAAAGCCCUGCCUUCAGCUUCCCAUCCCCUCCACCUCAAGCUUGGAGGCCAGCAACCUCAUCAAACAGUUCUACUCUCGGCAGUCUGGCUACCUGGAUAUAGAUCCAGAAAACCAGUUUUUAAACUACGCCCGGCUAGGGUAUCCAACUGCACCUGCGCAACCGCUUCCUCUCAAACCGAAUGUGUACACUAUGAGUGGAACAGUUGGUGCAACUCUUGAACCAGCUUACACAGGGUUUCAUGAUCAAACUUUAUAUUCUCAUCCUUCAUCAUUCCAUCUUCAUAAUAGGGGACAGACAUGGUAUACAGGGAAUUAGUUUUAGUAGUUAUUUGUCAGUAUAAACUUGCUAUAAUAUAUAGAUUAAUCACUUGAUUAAACAAAUACUAUCCAUCAUUAUAGGACACUUAGUUAAAAUAUGAAUUGAUUCGUUUACUUUUAUCAACUCUGUAGUACCAGGACAUAACUGAUGCCAUUGAUUACUCUUUUUAUAUACAGCUACAACUUGUAGAUCGACUUUUUCUCUAAUUUUGUUAUACAACUACAGCUUGGAGGUCUACUUUUCUCUAAUUUCUCUAAUUUUGGACGUGAAAACUAAAUUAUUUCUGUUUUUAACAUUUACUUUUUUUAUGGUUAAACUUUGAUAUAUAUUUACAUUUAAAACACUCUAGGAGAUCGACUAUGUUAUUAUAAACUGUAAAAGUUAAAAAAUAUGAAAAUGUAUUUUUUACAUUUUAAAAUUCCUUUCAUCUUUAUCAUAGCCAUUUCUUUUAAAGAGUUGUACAGCCAAUUUUUUGCUCAGUUUAUAGAAUUCAUUCAGACGACAUAUCCAUUCAUACAUAACAAAUUAUAUAUCUACAUGUACUUUUCUGGUGAGGAAGAAUUGUAAAAAAAAAAUAUUUUUCUCUUCGUUAUUUUGAUUUGUGAUACAAUCUGUGAUUUUGGAUUUAAUUUUUAAUGAUUUAGCUUCUAAUCGAGCUAAAUCUGCUUUAUGCCGCAAAGUAGGGUAAACGGAACUUUUGUGUGAAGUAUAGUUAAUCUUGGAGCUUGAUCUUGAUAUCCAAUGUGGGAACUCUCAAUUUUAAGAAUUAAUGCUUGAUUCCUCAAUUAUAGUUAUCCCUGCAGGGUUUGACCAUAAUGGGAUAUCAAAGAAUUAAAAUAAUCUGUUAAUCUGCUUAAGAUGGGGAUUAAUGAUCCCGAGAUUAACAACACACAAGUUCUGACUUCUGAUGAUAUUAGAGAACAGUUUCUUUAUGUUAAAUUUGCUUGACAAGCCUCUUCUCCAGAUAUAGUUAUCUUUAUUCUUUAUUUGAGUUUAUAUAGUUGAAUUAUUUAAAUAUGUUUUCGUAGUUUUAUUGGUCGUAUGUUAGACGGGAUUAUGUCGCAGUGGUUCAGGGGUAGUCCUAAUCUACUAAAUAGUUUUUAAAUAUUCUUUUUUGUCUGAACCAUUGACAGUUUGUGAUUAAAAUACGUGAUUUAGCUUUUUAUAUAAGUCAUACACAACCAAAGAUCUUGAAUUUGUAGGAAUUAACCUUCUGUUAAACUGUUUUAAGUCAAAUAAAACAUAAACUUUA